AUGGCGGACAAGAAGACCGACGACUUCGUGGUGCGCGUGCCCGACACGGCCGCCGGCCUGAACGGCGCCGCCGAUAAGGGCCGUUUCUCGCCGCCGCGCCGCUCCAGCCCCGCCGCGCCCUCAUGGCUCAAGUCCGUCGAGAGCAGCGGCGGCGUCUCCGUCAUCGCCUACUGCCUGUCGUCCAUCAGCAUGACGCUUGUCAACAAGUACGUCGUGUCGGGCAACUCGUGGAACCUUCACUUGCUGUACCUCGCGAUUCAGUCCAUCGUCAGCACAGUCACAAUCGUGGCCGGAAAGCAGCUAGGUCUGAUCCGUGAGCUCGAUGACUUUGACAGCCAGAGGGCCAAGAAGUGGUUCCCCAUCUCUCUUCUCCUGGUGGGCAUGAUCUUCACCGGCAACAAGGCUCUCCAGUACCUCUCAGUGCCCGUCUACACCAUCUUCAAGAACUUGGCCAUUAUCGUCACCGCCUAUGGCGAAGUUAUGUGGUUUGGCGGCAGCGUCAGCGCUCUCAGCCUUGUCUCCUUCUGCCUCAUGGUCUUCAGCUCCGUGGUCGCGGCCUGGGCCGACUUCAGCAAUGCCAAGUCAAUCGCCUCGGCGGGUCUCAAGGCCGGUGCCCCUGCCGUCUCGACACUCAAUGCCGGCUAUGCUUGGAUGCUCAUCAACGUCUUCUGCUCUGCCCUGUAUGUCCUAAGCAUGCGAAAGGCCAUCAAGUUUACCAACUUCAAGAACUGGGAUGUCAUGUUUUACAACAACCUGCUUACCAUUCCCGUGCUGCUGGUCGGCUCGCUCGUCAUCGAGGACUGGUCGAGCGCCAACCUCAUCAAGAACUUCCCUGUGGAGACGCGUCAGAGCCUCAUGGUUGGCAUGAUCUACUCGGGUCUCGCCGCCAUCUUCAUCUCCUACUGCACGGCCUGGUGCAUCCGCGCCACUUCGUCGACGACGUACGCCAUGGCCGGCGCGCUCAACAAGCUCCCCGUGGCCGUGGCUGGUCUCAUCUUCUUCUCCGACCCCGUCACUUUCGGUGGCGUCACGGCCAUCUUCCUCGGCUUCGUCAGCGGCCUCCUCUACACGCUCGCCAAGAACAACAAGUCGAAGCAGUCGGGCCCCACGUUGCCGACGACGAACCAGGCGCCGAUGAGCGCCAGCGCCCGCAGCGAAAAGGACGCCGCCAGCUCAUGA